AUGAGUACCGACGCUGAGAUGGCGGUUUUUGGGGACGCUGCUCCUUACCUCCGAAAGUCUGAAAAGGAGCGAAUUGAGGCCCAGAACAAGCCUUUCGACGCCAAGUCAUCGGUCUUUGUGGUGGACGCCAAGGAGUCUUUUGUGAAGGCAACAGUGCAGAGCAGGGAGUCUGGGAAGGUGACAGUCAAGACAGAAGGUGGAACUACUGUAACAGUUAAAGAUGACCAGGUCUAUCCCAUGAACCCUCCCAAAUACGACAAGAUCGAGGACAUGGCCAUGAUGACCCACUUGCACGAGCCCGCCGUGUUGUACAACCUCAAAGAGCGUUACGCGGCCUGGAUGAUCUACACCUACUCGGGCCUCUUCUGUGUCACCGUCAACCCCUACAAGUGGCUGCCGGUGUACAACGCAGAGGUGGUGACGGCCUACCGAGGCAAAAAGCGCCAGGAGGCCCCGCCCCACAUCUUCUCCAUCUCUGACAACGCCUAUCAGUUCAUGCUGACUGACCGGGAGAAUCAGUCUAUCUUGAUCACCGGAGAAUCCGGAGCAGGAAAGACUGUGAACACCAAGCGUGUCAUCCAGUAUUUUGCAACAAUUGCAGUGACUGGAGAGAAGAAGAAAGAGGAGGCUCCUUCUGGCAAAAUGCAGGGGACUCUGGAAGAUCAAAUCAUCAGCGCCAACCCCCUGCUGGAGGCCUUUGGCAAUGCCAAGACUGUGAGGAAUGACAACUCCUCACGCUUUGGUAAAUUCAUCAGGAUCCACUUUGGUACCACAGGCAAGCUGGCUUCUGCUGAUAUUGAAACAUAUCUUCUGGAGAAGUCUAGAGUCACUUUCCAGCUGAAGGCAGAAAGAAGCUACCAUAUUUUCUAUCAGAUCAUGUCCAACAAGAAGCCAGAUCUAAUUGAAAUGCUCCUGAUCACCACCAACCCGUAUGACUACGCCUUCGUCAGUCAGGGAGAGAUCACUGUCCCCAGCAUCGAUGACCAAGAAGAACUGAUGGCCACCGAUAGUGCCAUUGACAUCCUAGGCUUCACGUCUGAUGAAAGAGUGUCCAUCUACAAGCUCACAGGGGCCGUGAUGCACUAUGGGAACAUGAAAUUCAAACAAAAGCAGCGUGAGGAGCAGGCUGAGCCAGAUGGCACUGAAGUUGCUGACAAGGCGGCUUAUCUCCAAAGUUUGAACUCUGCUGACUUGCUCAAAGCCCUCUGCUACCCCAGGGUGAAGGUCGGCAAUGAGUAUGUCACCAAAGGGCAGACCGUGCAGCAGGUGUACAACUCAGUGGGUGCACUGGCCAAGGCCGUCUAUGAGAAGAUGUUCCUGUGGAUGGUCACCCGCAUCAACCAGCAGCUGGACACCAAGCAGCCCCGGCAGGCAAUGUCCAAGGCCAACAGUGAGGUUGCCCAGUGGAGGACCAAAUACGAGACGGACGCCAUCCAGCGCACGGAGGAGCUGGAGGAGGCCAAGAAGAAGCUAGCUCAGCGUCUGCAGGAUGCUGAGGAGCACGUUGAAGCUGUCAAUGCCAAAUGUGCUUCUCUUGAAAAAACAAAGCAGCGGCUGCAGAAUGAAGUGGAGGACCUCAUGAUUGAUGUGGAAAGAUCGAAUGCUGCCUGCGCAGCUCUGGACAAGAAGCAAAGAAACUUCGACAAGAUCCUAGCAGAAUGGAAACAGAAGUAUGAAGAGACUCAUGCUGAACUUGAAGCUUCCCAAAAGGAAUCCCGCUCACUCAGCACAGAGCUAUUCAAAAUUAAGAAUGCUUAUGAGGAAUCUUUAGACCAGCUUGAAACCUUGAAGCGGGAAAAUAAGAACUUGCAACAGGAGAUUUCUGACCUCACCGAACAGAUUGCAGAAGGAGGGAAACGAAUUCAUGAGCUGGAAAAAAUAAAGAAGCAGAUUGAGCAAGAAAAGUGUGAGCUUCAGGCCGCUUUAGAGGAGGCAGAGGCUUCUCUUGAACAUGAAGAAGGAAAGAUCCUGCGCAUCCAGCUUGAGUUGAACCAAGUGAAGUCUGAAAUCGAUAGGAAAAUUGCAGAAAAAGAUGAGGAAAUUGACCAGCUGAAGAGGAACCACAUUAGAGUCGUGGAGUCGAUGCAGAGCACACUGGAUGCUGAGAUCAGGAGCAGAAACGACGCCAUCAGGGUCAAGAAGAAGAUGGAGGGAGACCUCAACGAGAUGGAAAUCCAGCUGAACCAUGCCAACCGCAUGGCUGCCGAGGCCCUGAGGAACUACAGGAACACCCAGGGCAUCCUUAAGGACACCCAGAUCCACCUGGAUGAUGCCCUCCGGGGCCAGGAGGACCUGAAGGAGCAGCUGGCCAUGGUUGAGCGCAGAUCCAACCUGCUGCAGGCUGAGAUCGAGGAGCUUCGGGCCACCUUGGAACAGACUGAGAGGAGCAGGAAGGUUGCAGAACAGGAGCUCCUGGAUGCCAGCGAGCGUGUCCAACUCCUGCACACCCAGAACACCAGCCUGAUCAACACCAAGAAGAAGCUGGAAACAGACAUUUCCCAGAUCCAGGGAGAGAUGGAGGACAUUGUCCAGGAAGCCCGCAACGCGGAAGAGAAGGCCAAGAAGGCCAUCACUGACGCCGCCAUGAUGGCCGAGGAGCUGAAAAAGGAGCAGGACACCAGCGCCCACCUGGAGAGGAUGAAGAAGAACCUGGAGCAGACGGUGAAGGACCUGCAGCACCGUCUGGACGAGGCUGAGCAGCUGGCCCUGAAGGGCGGCAAGAAGCAGAUCCAGAAACUGGAGGCCAGGGUUCGUGAACUUGAAGGAGAAGUUGAAAGUGAACAGAAACGCAACGUUGAAGCUGUCAAGGGUCUUCGCAAACAUGAGAGAAGAGUGAAGGAGCUCACUUACCAGACUGAGGAAGACCGCAAGAAUGUCCUCAGGCUCCAGGACCUAGUGGACAAACUGCAAGCAAAGGUGAAAGCUUACAAGAGACAAGCUGAGGAAGCGGAGGAACAGUCCAACGUCAACCUCUCCAAGUUCCGCAAGAUCCAGCACGAGCUGGAGGAGGCCGAGGAGCGGGCUGACAUCGCCGAGUCCCAGGUCAACAAGCUGCGGGUGAAGAGCCGGGAGGUUCACACCAAAGUCAUAAGUGAAGAAGAGUGA